ACUAUGUUACUCUGUUACUCUAAUUAUCACUCCCAGUUUACCCUUCUUACAAAAUUUGCAUCCCACCGUUGACUCGUCCGUUGAUGUCGUUGACGUUGGUGGUGUGUGGCCCGGCACACUCGCUCACACGGUGCAACAUCACCCAAUGCUACUCCCUCGAGCUGGUGAUGGAACAAGCCCAGUGGUAUAAAUAAGGAGUGCUAUCCCCUUAUUGCUUACAACCUUCUUUACUACCCACAUCAAGAAUACUUAGAGUAUUAAACAAAUACAAAAUGUCUUUAUCAAGCAAAUUAUCAGUCACUGACUUGAACGUUGAAAACAAACGUGUCUUCAUCCGUGUUGAUUUCAACGUCCCAUUAGAUGGUACUAAAAUCACAAACAAUCAAAGAAUUGUUGCUGCCUUACCAACCAUCCAAUACGUUGCUGAACAUAAACCAAAAGCUAUCAUCUUGGCUUCUCAUUUAGGUAGACCAAAUGGUGAAAGAAAUGAAAAAUAUUCUUUAAAACCUGUUGUUGCUGAAUUAUCUUCAUUAUUAGGUAAACAAGUCACUUUCUUAAACGAUUGUGUUGGUGAUGAAGUUGAAAAAGCUGUCAAUGGUGCCACUGAUGGUCAAAUCUUUUUAUUAGAAAACUUGAGAUUCCAUAUCGAAGAAGAAGGUUCUAAAAAAACUUCAGAAGGUAAAGUUAAAGCUUCAAAAGAAGAUGUUGAAAAAUUCAGAAAACAAUUGACUUCAUUAGCUGAUGUCUAUGUUAACGAUGCCUUUGGUACUGCUCACAGAGCUCAUUCAUCAAUGGUUGGUUUUGAUUUACCACAAAGAGCUGCUGGUUUCUUGAUGGCUAAAGAAUUAACUUAUUUCGCUAAAGCUUUAGAAAACCCAGUCAGACCAUUCUUGGCCAUCUUGGGUGGUGCUAAAGUCUCCGAUAAGAUUCAAUUGAUUGAUAACUUGUUGGACAAAGUUAAUAUCUUGAUUGUUGGUGGUGGUAUGGCUUUCACUUUUAAAAAAGUUUUAGAUAACACCAAAAUUGGUAAAUCUUUAUUCGAUGCUGAAGGUGCUAAAAUUGUUCCUCAAUUGAUUGAAAAAGCCAAAAAGAACAAUGUUGAAAUUGUUUUACCAGUUGAUUUCAUCACUGCUGAUGAUUUCAAUAAAGAUGCAAACACUGGUUACGCCACCGCUGAAGAAGGUAUCCCAGAUGAAUGGCAAGGUCUUGACGGUGGUCCAAAAACUAGAGAAUUAUUUGCUGCUGCCGUUGCCAAAGCUAAAACCAUUGUUUGGAAUGGUCCUCCAGGUGUCUUUGAAUUUGAAAAAUUCGCUGAAGGUACCAAAUCUUUAUUAGAUGCUGCUGUCAAAUCUGCUGCUAAUGGUAACACCGUUAUUGUUGGUGGUGGUGAUACCGCUACUGUCGCUAAGAAAUUUGGUGCUGCUGAUAAAUUAUCUCAUGUUUCCACUGGUGGUGGUGCUUCAUUAGAAUUAUUGGAAGGUAAAGAAUUACCAGGUGUUACUUACUUGUCCAACAAAUAA